AUGGACCCGUCGACCGGCUCGAGGGGCCCCGCCGGCUUCGCGACGCAGGCCAACGCCCUCCUCCGCAAGAACCUCUGCUUCCAGAAGAGGAACCUGAAGACGAACGUGUGCAUCACCCUCUUCCCGAUCCUCCUAUGCGUGCUGCUGGUCGCGCUGCAGGGCGCCAUCGACCGCGAGAUCGACAAGCCCAAGUACCGCUGCGGCUGCGCCUGCGUCGACACGGCCGCGGACGGGAGCUGCAGGAAGACGGAGUGCGGCAUCCAGUACUCCACGCUGGACCAGGUCGCCACCUGCCCGAUCACCAGCCCACCGCGGUGGCCGUCCCUGGUGCAGGUGCCGGAGCCUGAGUUCCGGGCCGUCAGGACAGCCUCCCAGCAGUUCGAUGGUUUGCCUGAACCCACAUGCCGGGACAACAGCUCUUGCCCCGCCGCGUUCCUCAUCACCGGAAGCAACCGCUCGUUCGCCGAAAGUCUUUCGGCUCAACUGUUCCCUGCUCUGUCUUCCUCUUUGAAUCUCACCGACUAUCUAGGUGCACUCUCCAAGAUUGUUCCCGGCUCCGACACACCGACAUCGUAUAGGCAGCUUUUAGAGCCAGCGUUUACUCCAGGGAAUACUUUGUAUGUUGUCCAAAAUCAGUGCCGGUCCAACUUAUCGCAAACGAUUCCAGUCAACGCUGGGCCGAUACCCCUUCAACUCAAUGUGGACUGCAUUCAAGGUUUGUCGUUGUGGCGUGAAAGCGCAUCAGUUGUCAAUGAUGAACUAUUCAAGGGUUAUAGACAACAAAGGGCAGGUGUAGACAAGUCGAAUGAAUUUUCUGCAGGUUACGACUUCUUGAACACGAAUAGGAAUAGUCUUGACAUCAGUAUUUGGUUCAACUCUACCUACAACAAUGAUACUGCAUAUACUGCAAUUGCAUUAGUACGAGUGCCACGCUUGGUUAACAUGGCUUCCAAUGCAUACAUCAAAUUUCUCAGAGGAAGUGGAGUGGAAAUGCUGCUUGAAUUUGUUAAAGAUAUGCCCAAAGUUGGAACAAGAUCAAAAUUUGACUUGUCUUCUCUUCUUGGUGCACUAUUCUUCACAUGGAUCGUUGAAUUACUCUUUCCAGUUAUACUAUCGUAUCUUGUGUACGAGAAGCAACAGAAGCUGAAAAUUAUGAUGAAGAUGCAUGGUUUGAAGGAUGGCCCGUACUGGAUCAUAACUUAUUCGUACUUCUUUGCUCUAUCAGCUGUCUAUAUGAUUGUAUUCAUCAUUUUUGGCUCAUUGAUAGGUCUGCGUUUCUUUACAGAAAAUGACUACAGCAUUCAGAUUGUUUUCUUCUUCAUCUACAUAAAUUUGCAGAUUGCACUCGCUUUUUUUACUGCGUCCUUCUUUUCUUCUGUAAAAAUAGCCACAGUGGUUGGUUACAUCUAUGUAUUUGGUUCUGGUUUACUAGGGGAAUUUCUUCUGCGUUUUUUUGUUGAAGAUAAAGGUUUCCCUAAGGGUUGGAUAGUAGUUAUGGAGAUCAUCCCUGGAUUUUCACUUUAUCGAGGGUUAUACGAGUUUGGUUCUUAUGCAUUCUCUGGAACUACAAUGGGAACCAACGGUAUGAAGUGGGCUAAUUUGAGUGACUCGGAGAAUGGAAUGCGUGCUGUAUUGAUUAUCAUGGUUGUAGAAUGGGCAAUACUUCUCCCAUUGGCAUUUUAUUUGGGUCAAGUUUCAUCAUUGGGUUUUGGACUCCGGAAAAGGUUGUUAAGCUUGCUGAAAUGCUUUAAAAAACGAGCUGUAUCAUUCCGGAGGCAUAGCUUUGGGCGAAUAGGAUCUAAAAUAAUACUUGAAAUGGAGAACCCCGAUGCUACACAAGAAAGAGAGGUGGUUGAGCAGCUUCUGCUGCAACCCACUGCAAACCAUGCUAUUAUAUGUGAUAACAUUAAGAAGGUUUACCAUGGAAAAGAUGGAAACCCUGACAAGCUUGCAGUUCGUGGGUUAUCUCUUGCCCUCCCAAAAGGCCAAUGUUUCGGAAUGCUUGGGCCGAAUGGGGCUGGGAAAACAUCCUUCAUCAGUAUGAUGAUUGGGCUCAUUCCACCUACAUCUGGCACUGCUUAUGUACAUGGAAUGGAUAUACGGACUGAUAUGAAUGAUAUCUACACAACUAUGGGUGUUUGCCCUCAACACGACUUACUUUGGGAGACAUUGACCGGAAGAGAGCAUCUGUUGUUUUAUGGAAGACUGAAGAAUCUUAAAGGCGCUGAGUUACUGAAGGCAACUGAUGACUCUCUUAAGAGUGUUAACCUAUUCCGUGGCGGUGUUGGCGAUAAGCAAGUGGGGAAGUACAGUGGGGGCAUGAAACGGAGGCUUAGUGUUGCGAUCUCCUUAAUUGGGGACCCCAAAGUUGUUUUCAUGGAUGAGCCAAGCACUGGACUAGAUCCAGCAUCAAGAAAUAACCUGUGGAGUGUUGUGAAGGAAGCAAAGAAGAACCGUGCCAUUAUUCUUACAACACAUUCAAUGGAAGAGGCAGAGGUACUAUGUGAUAGGCUCGGUAUUUUUGUUGAUGGUGGUUUCCAAUGCAUUGGAGACGCAAAAGAGCUGAAAGGAAGAUAUGGGGGAACUUACGUGUUCACAAUGACAACAUCUUCGGAACAUGAACAGGAGGUUGAACAGCUUGUCCGGCGUUUGUCGCCAAGUGCAAACAGGAUAUAUCACAUAUCUGGAACACAGAAAUUUGAGCUACCAAAGCAGGAGGUGAAGAUAGCCGACGUUUUCCAUGAAGUUGAGCAUGCAAAAUCCCGUUUUAGCAUACACGCUUGGGGCCUCGCUGACACCACCUUGGAGGAUGUCUUCAUCAAGGUUGCUAAGGGAGCACAAGCAUUCAAUGAGAACGUGUAACUAGUAUAU